GAUAAUGCUGAAAGGAAUGACAAGGCUUAUCUCCAGGGUCCAUAAGUUGGACCCUGGAUGUUUUUUGCGCAUAGGGACUCAGGCACCCCAAUGCCUUGCUGCUCACCUGGAUAACCAGGUUGCAACUGAGAGUCCCAGAGCUAUUUCCCGCACCAGUGAGAAUGAUCCGGCCAAGCAUGGGGAGCAGCAUGAGGGUCAGCACUACAACAUAUCCUUCCAAGAUCUGAAGACUGUAUUCUCCCAUGGCCUGCCUCCUCGCUUUGUAAUGCAGGUGAAGACAUUCAAUGAAGCUUGCCUGAUGGUAAGGAGACCAGCCCUAGAGCUUCUGCAUUACCUGAAAAACACCAAUUUUGCUCAUCCAGCUGUACGAUAUGUUUUCUAUGGCGAGAAGGGAACAGGAAAAACCCUCAGUCUUUGCCAUAGUAUUCAUUUCUGUGCAAAACAGGAUUGGCUGAUACUGCAUAUUCCAGAUGCUCAUCUUUGGGUGAAAAACUGCCGGGAUCUUCUGCAGUCCACGUACAACAAACAGCGCUUUGAUCAACCUUUAGAGGCUUCAACCUGGCUGAAGAAUUUCAAAACUGCAAAUGAGCAUUUCUUGAGUCAGAUAAAAGUUCAAGAGAAGUAUGUCUGGAAUAAGCGAGAAAGCACUGAGAAAGGCAGUCCUCUGGGAGAAGUAGUUGAACAGGGCAUAAUGCGGGUGAGGAAUGCCACAGAUGCAGUUGGGAUUGUGCUCAAAGAGCUAAAGAGGCAAAGUUCUUUGGGUAUUUUUCGCCUCCUGGUGGCAGUGGAUGGAGUCAAUGCUCUCUGGGGAAGGACCACACUGAAAAGAGAAGAUAAAAGCCCGAUUGCCCCAGAAGAACUAGCAUUUAUUUACAACCUGAGGAAAAUGGUGAAAAAUGAUUGGCAAGGAGGCGCCAUUGUGUUGACUGUGAGCCAGACUGGGUCUCUCUUUAAGCCCCGGAAAGCCUAUCUGCCCCAGGAGUUGCUGGGAAAGGAAGGAUUUGACGCCCUGGAUCCCUUUAUUCCCAUCCUGGUUUCCAACUAUAAUCCAAAGGAAUUUGAAAGUUGUAUUCACUAUUAUUUGGAGAACAAUUGGCUUCAACAUGAGAAAGCUCAUACAGAAGAAGGGAAAAAGGAGUUGCUGUUCCUAAGUAAUAGGAAUCCUGGGCAGCUGGAGCGGCUCUGUGCCUACCUCUAAGCCAUGGUCACAAGGUACAUGGAAGACAAUGGACAUUUCUUCUAAUGGACCCAAUCAAAUGGGGGAGUCCUGCAGUACACAAGAAGAGCAGCCAGGCACGUGCACUUAUGGGAUUGGACAGGACUGCAGUCAGCUCCCAACCUCCAUU